AUGUCACCGAGUCUAAAUCAGUAUGAUUGGAUAUCACCAGGUCUACUUAAGUGUGAUGGGAUAUUGCAAAGUCUUCAUCAGUGUGAUUGGAUGUCUCCAAGUCUAGUUAAGUGUGAUGGGAUGUCACCAAGUCUAGUUAAGUGUGAUGGGAUGUCACCAAGUCUACAUGAGUGUGAUGGGAUGUCACCAAGUCUACAUCAGCGUGAUUUGAUGUCACCAAGUCUAAAUCAGCAUGAUGGGAUGUCACCAAGUCUACAUCAGUGUGAUGGGGUGUCACUAAGUCUACAUCCGUGUGAUGGGAUGUCACCAAGUCUAAAUCAGUAUGAUUGGAUAUCACCAAGUCUACUUAAGUGUGAUGGGAUGUCACCAAGUCUACAUCAGUGUGAUGGGAUGUCACCAAGUCUACAUCAGGGUGAUGGGAUGUCACCAAGUCUACAUCAGUGUGAUGGGAUGUCACCAAGUCUACAUCAGUGUGAUGGGAUGUCGCCAAGUCUACAUCAGUGUGAUGGGAUGUCGCCAAGUCUACAUCAAUGUGAUGGGAUGUCACCAAGUCUGCAUCAAUGUGAUGGGAUGUCACCAAGUCUGCAUCAAUGUGAUGGGAUGUCACCAAGUCUGCAUCAGUGUGAUGGAUUGUCCUCUGAAGUCACACAAGAAGGAAUUCUGUUGACAAAAAUCGUCAAUGACUGUCGAAUCGAUGACAUCUAG